UCUCGGCGUCGGCGGCGCGCGCGCUCCCUCCUCUCGGAGAGAGGGCUGUGGUAAAAGCCGUCCGGAAAAUGGCCGCCGCCGCCGCUGCCGCGCCGAGCGGAGGAGGAGGAGGAGGCGAGGAGGAGAGACUGGAAGAAAAGUCAGAAGAACAGGAUCUCCAGGGCCUGAAGGAUAAACCUUUGAAGUUUAAAAAGGUGAAGAAGGAUAAGAAAGAAGACAAAGAGGGCAAGCAUGAGCCCCUGCAGCCAGCGGCCCACCGCUCUGCUGAGCCGGCAGAGGCAGGUAAAGCAGAGACCUCGGAAGGGUCGGGCUCGGCCCCAGCCGUGCCGGAAGCUUCGGCCUCCCCCAAACAGCGGCGCUCCAUCAUUCGCGACCGGGGACCCAUGUACGAUGACCCCACUCUGCCUGAAGGUUGGACCCGAAAGCUUAAGCAAAGGAAAUCUGGCCGCUCCGCUGGGAAGUAUGAUGUGUAUUUGAUCAAUCCCCAGGGAAAAGCCUUUCGCUCUAAAGUGGAGCUGAUUGCAUACUUCGAAAAGGUAGGCGACACCUCCCUGGACCCUAAUGAUUUUGACUUCACGGUAACUGGGAGAGGGAGCCCCUCCCGGCGAGAGCAGAAACCACCUAAGAAGCCCAAAUCUCCCAAAGCUCCAGGAACUGGCAGAGGCCGGGGACGCCCCAAAGGGAGCGGCACCACGAGACCCAAGGCAGCAGCAUCAGAGGGCGUGCAGGUGAAAAGGGUCCUGGAGAAAAGUCCCGGGAAGCUGCUCGUCAAGAUGCCUUUCCAAGCUUCGCCGGGCAGCAAGGCCGAAGCGGGUGGGGCCACCACGUCGGCCCAAGUCAUGGUUAUCAAACGCCCCGGCCGGAAGCGAAAAGCUGAGGCUGACCCCCAGGCCAUUCCCAAGAAACGGGGCCGAAAGCCGGGCAGUGUGGUGGCGGCUGCCGCCGCCGAGGCCAAGAAGAAAGCCGUGAAGGAGUCUUCCAUCCGGUCUGUGCAGGAGACCGUGCUGCCCAUCAAGAAGCGCAAGACCCGGGAGACGGUGAGCAUCGAGGUGAAGGAGGUGGUGAAGCCCCUGCUGGUGUCCACCCUUGGCGAGAAGAGCGGGAAGGGACUGAAGACCUGCAAGAGCCCCGGGCGGAAAAGCAAGGAGAGCAGCCCCAAGGGGCGCAGCGGCAGCGCCUCCUCGCCCCCCAAGAAGGAGCACCACCACCACCACCACCACGUGGAGCCCCCGAAGGCACCCGCGCCGCUGCUCCCGCCCCCGCCCCCGCCCCCGCCGGAGCCCCAGAGCUCCGAGGCCCCCGCCAGCCCCCCCGAGCCCCAGGACUUGAGCAGCAGCGUCUGCAAAGAGGAGAAGAUGCCGAGAGCAGGCUCGCUGGAGAGCGACGGCUGCCCCAAGGAGCCAGCUAAGACUCAGCCCGCGCUCACGACCGCCGCCGCGGCCACAGAAAAGUACAAACACCGAGGGGAGGGAGAGCGCAAAGACAUUGUCUCAUCCUCCAUGCCAAGGCCAAACAGAGAGGAGCCUGUGGACAGCCGGACGCCCGUGACCGAGAGAGUUAGCUGACUUUACACAGAGCGGAUUGCAAAGCAAACCAACAAGAAUAAAGGCAGCUGUUGUCUCUUCUCCUUAUGGGUAGGGCUCUGACAAAGCUUCCCGAUUAACUGAAAUAAAAAAUAUUUUUUUUUCUUUCAGUAAA